AUGUACUCAUUGUUGGCAAGUGCAAACAGAGGUAUUGGACUGAAUCUUGCGAAGGCCUUCGCUGCUCUGUCCUGGGAUGUUACCGGAUCUGUUCGACCCCAGACCAAGACAGAUCCAUCCGUGAAAGAGCUCGAGGCCACUGGAGCAAAGAUCCUCGAGAUCGAAUUCCUCGUUGAAUCUAGUAUCAUCAGAGCAACCAAAGAAUACGGCGAUAAGCCGAUUGAUGUCUUGCUGAAUGUCGGAGGGUUGUCGCCAAACCCUAAGCCUUGGCAGGAGCAGACUUCAGAUCUCUUCAUGGAGAAAUUCCAAACAAUGGCAGUGGGCCGGUACCUUACUACGAAGCAUUUUCUACCGAAUUUGGAAAAGAGUCCCUCAGCCAGAGUCGUGAAUGUCUCUUCUACUUUUGGCUCAGUCACUGACAACACCUUUGGUACUUGUAUGGCUUACAGAGUAGCGAAGGCCUCUUUGAAUCAAGUGAUGGUUACCUUUGCUCGCGAGUUUGAAAAUGAGGGACAAAACAUUACGGUUGUCUGCGUCGAGCCGGGUUUCCUUCCGACCCGACUGACUGGAUAUGACUUUGUGGAUGACAUGGACACUAGCAUCGCGAGUUUGAUGAAAGUCAUCCAAGAGCUGAAAAAGGAAGAUUCCGGGUCCUUCAUAGAGUGGUCUGGGAAAAGGCUUCGGUUUUAG